UGAUUUCAAGGAAUUCAAAGCAUCGUUUUUUAGUUUACCCUCUACUGGAUUUCUGCUUCUCGAUUCAGUUUGACGAAAUGUAACUCUGGUUGGAAGAGAAUAAAGACUUGAUUACUCACAAUUAUUGAAGAACCAUGAACAGAUUCAAUGUAAAAAAACUGAAUUUGCACAACUGUGCUCGACAUCAGCUCAAAGAACAAUUUCACGUCGCUCGGAAUCUUACAGACCCACGAAGCAUCGCUCCACCAAUAUUCGAACUCAACAGAAAGUUGAAUGCAUUAUGGAAAUCAGGUAUGGUUGAUGAAGCAUGCCAACUGUUUGAUAGAAUGCCUAACCGAGACGAGUUCACUUGGAACACAAUGAUUGCUGCCUAUGCCGAUUCAGGGCGAUUUCACGAAGCUAGAAAGCUUUUCGACUUGACACCCAAGAAGAGUUCCAUCACUUGGUCUUCGUUAAUAUCUGCUUAUUGUCGACAUGGGUAUGAAACAGAAGUGUUCCAUUUAUUCUGGGAAAUGCAGUACGAAGGCCAUAAACCAAAUGAUUUCACUUUGAGUAGCGUUCUCAGGACAUGUUCUAUAAAUGGCUUGCUUUGGAGGGGUGAACAGGUUCAUGCUUACUCCAUAAAACGUCAAUUAGAUUUCAAUGAUUUCGUUAAUACUGGUCUUGUUCACAUGUAUUCUAACUGUAAUCAAAUUUCAAAAGCUGAAAAUCUAUUUCAAAUGACAUCUGGGGAUCAUAGAGGCCAUGUUAUGUGGUCUGCCUUGAUCAGUGGAUAUACCAAAAAUGGGGAUUCUCUUAAAGCCAUAAAUUGCUUUAAAGAUAUGCAAACACAAGGUGUUGAGUGUAACCAAUAUACUUUCCCUAGUGUGUUGACUGCUUGUGCAUCCAUAUCAGCUCAUGCUUUCGGAAUGCAGGUUCAUGGUUUCAUUAUUUACGCCGGUUUUGAGACUAACUCGUUUGUAGAGAGUGCUUUAGUUAACAUGUACGCCAAAUGUGGUGAUGUUACUAGUGGUAGAAUGAUUUUGGAAAGAGCAGAAUCCGAUGAUGUGAUUUCAUGGAACUCGAUGAUAGUUGGAUGUGUAGAGAAUAGUCUUGAAGAAGAAGCUUUGUUGUUGUUUCAGAAAAUGCAUGCAAGAGAUAUAAAAUUCGACGAUUUUACUUAUCCUUCCGUUUUGAAUUGUUAUGCUUCUAUAAAGGAUGUUAGAAUAGCAAAAUCUGUUCACUGUUUGAUUACGAAAACAGGUUUUGAAGCUCGUAAACUCGUAGGAAAUGCACUUAUAGACAUGUACGCAAAAGGGGGAGACAUGUAUUCCGCUAUCGAGCUUUUUAAUCGCACGAUAGAAAAAGAUGUCGUCUCAUGGACUUCCCUCGUGACAGGAUACGCUCACAAUGACUUCCAUGAAGAAGCACUUAAGCUGUUUUCUCAAAUGAAACGAUCGGGAGUUCAUAUUGACCAAAUUGUGACCGCCAGUGUGUUGAGUUCGUGUGCAGAACUCACUCGGUUGGAAUUUGGGAGACAAAUUCAGGCAAGUCUGGUUAAAUCUGGACUCGGGUCGACUUUAUCUGUUGACAAUUCGCUAGUAACAAUGUACGCAAAGUGCGGUUCUCUAGAAGAGGCAAAGCAAGUCUUCGACUCGAUGAGAAAUAAAAACGUGAUGACAUGGACAGCUCUUAUAGUUGGCUAUGCUCAAAACGGUAGGGGAAAAGAUUCUAUCAAAAGGUAUAACGAAAUGAUAGCAAGUGGUGUAAAGCCCGAUUUCAUAACAUUCAUCGGCCUACUCUUUGCUUGUAGCCACGCGGGUCUUGUGAAAGAAGCGCGUGAGUACUUUGAAACAAUGUACACAAUAUAUGGGAUAAAGCCGGGUCCAGAUCAUUACGCUUGUAUGAUCGACCUUCUAGGACGUUGUGGGAAACUAAAUGAAGCCGAGGAAUUGCUUAACCAAAUGGAUGUGGAACCGGAUUCCACCAUAUGGAAAGCGUUGUUAGGUGCUAGUCGAGUUUAUGGGAAUGUAGAGCUAGCUGAGAGGGCUGCAAAGGCACUGUUUGAGUUAGAGCCUUGUGAUGCUACAUCAUAUGUAAUGUUGGCUAAUAUCUAUUCUGCCACUGGCUUAUUUGAAAAUGCUGCGAAAAUAAGAAGGGUAAUGAAAACAAAGGGAGUGACCAAAGAGCCUGGACGCAGUUGGAUUGAGAUGAACAACGCAGUCCACACUUUCAUGUCCGAGGACAGAGGCCAUCCGAAUUCGGAUAUGAUAUAUGGAAAGGUUGAAGAGAUCAUGUUAUCGAUCAAGAGAGCUGGAUAUGUCCCCGACAUGAGAUUUGCACUGCACGAUGUUGAUGAGGAGGUUAAGGAACGCGGGCUAGCUUAUCAUGGCGAGAAAUUAGCAGUUGCUUUUGGACUUAUAUUUUUGCCACAAACUGCUCCCAUUAGGAUUUAUAAGAAUCUUCGAGUGUGCGGGGACUGUCAUACCGCUAUGAAAUUUAUAUCUAGUGUUUACGGUCGUCACAUUAUUUUAAGAGAUUCCAAUUGUUUCCAUCAUUUCAAACGAGGGAUUUGCUCUUGUGAAGAUUAUUGGUGACAUGGGAGAUCAUGCACAUUUGUAAUAGGAAGCUGGGUGUAUGUGAAUUUAGUAUGACUCAUUUAUAUAGAUUCAUAACUGGCUCUCAUUUUUAAGGGAAACAUCGCUUCUUAGCUUUAGUUCACUAACUGUUUUCUAUCUGAUAAACCCUAAAUCACCCGUGCUUGAGAGACGGCCCUGAAUGGCGAAGCAAUUUACAAGAAAUCUUGAAAAGAUUGUGAUCAGAUGCAACUAUAGGCGAGGUGCACCCGAGGAUGUUAUGUUGAUGAUCUUUUUAUGUUUUUGCUAAUAGAU